AUGGACGAGCAAGCGGGUCCCGGCGUCUUCUUCAGCAACAACCACCCGGCCGCCGGUUGUGCCAAGGGUCUCGGGCCUCUGGCGGAGGCUGCCGCGGCCGGCGACGGGGCGGCUGCAGCGGGGGCGGCCCGAGCCCAAUACAGCCUCCCGGGGAUCCUGCACUUCCUGCAGCAUGAGUGGGCCCGCUUCGAGGUCGAGAGAGCCCAGUGGGAAGUGGAGCGGGCGGAGCUGCAGGCUCAGAUUGCCUUUCUUCAGGGGGAAAGGAAAGGUCAAGAAAACUUGAAGAAGGAUCUUGUGAGAAGAAUCAAAAUGCUGGAAUAUGCUCUUAAACAAGAAAGAGCCAAAUACCACAAGUUGAAAUAUGGGACAGAAUUGAAUCAGGGAGAUAUGAAGCCUCCAAGCUAUGAUUCUGAUGAAGGUAAUGAAACAGAGGUACAGCCACAACAAAACAGCCAGUUAAUGUGGAAGCAAGGUCGGCAACUACUCAGACAGUAUCUACAGGAGGUGGGUUACACAGAUACUAUUUUAGAUGUGAAAUCCAAACGAGUGCGAGCUUUGUUGGGCAUUUCAAGUGAUGUCACUGACAGGGAAGAUGACAAAAAUCAGGACUCAGUUAUAAAUGGCACAGAAGCUGAAGUUAAAGAGACAGCAAUGAUUGGAAAAUCCGAGUUAACAGAUUCUGCCUCCGUGCUGGAUAAUUUUAAAUUCCUUGAAAGUGCAGCUGCAGAUUUCAGUGAUGAAGAUGAAGAUGAUGACAUUGAUGGAAGAGAGAAAAGCAUCAUUGAUACUUCAACAAUUGUUAGGAAGAAAGUAUUGCCCGAUAGCAGUGAAGAUCGAGAUACAAAAGAAGCUCUAAAGGAGUUUGACUUCUUGGUUACAUCAGAAGAAGGAGACAGUGACUCCAGAAGCGCAGGCGAUGGGACAGACUGGGAAAAGGAAGACCAGUGUCUCAUGCCUGAAGCUUGGAAUGUGGACCAGGGAGUAAUUACCAAACUCAAGGAACAAUACAAAAAGGAGAGAAAGGGGAAAAAGGGGGUGAAGAGGCCCAAUAGGUCAAAACUACAAGAUAUGCUUGCUAAUUUGAGAGAUGUUGAUGAACUUCCCUCCUUGCAGCCAUCUGUGGGUUCACCUUCCAGACCCAGCAGCUCCAGGCUUCCUGAACAUGAAAUAAAUAGGGCAGAUGAAGUGGAAGCACUGACGUUUCCUCCUUCUUCUGGGAAGUCGUUCAUCAUGGGAGCAGAUGAAGCACUUGAAAGUGAAUUGGGACUUGGAGAAUUGGCAGGCCUUACAGUGGCCAAUGAAGCAGAUUCAUUAACUUAUGAUAUAGCAAACAAUAAAGAUGCAUUGAGGAAGACAUGGAACCCCAAGUUUACAUUAAGAAGUCACUUUGAUGGCAUUAGAGCCCUCGCUUUCCACCCCACUGAGCCUGUUUUGAUAACAGCAUCAGAGGAUCACACGUUAAAAAUGUGGAAUUUGCAGAAAACAGCCCCAGCCAAAAAGAGCACGUCUCUUGAUGUGGAGCCUAUCUAUACAUUCAGAGCUCAUAAAGGCCCCGUGCUUUGUGUGGUGAUGAGCAGCAGUGGUGAGCAGUGCUACAGUGGUGGUGCUGAUGGCCUGAUCCAGAGCUGGAACACCACCAACCCCAAUGUCGAUCCCUAUGACUCCUAUGAUCCUUCUGUCUUAAGAGGCCCUCUCUUGGGCCACACGGAUGCAGUCUGGGGCUUGGCCUACAGUGCAGCGCACCAGCGUUUGUUGUCCUGUUCAGCAGAUGGCACUCUCCGUUUGUGGAAUACCACUGAGGUUGCUCCAGCCUUGAGUGUGUUUAGUGAUAACCAAGAGUUGGGAGUCCCUGCCUCUGUGGAUCUGGUGAGCAGUGACCCAAGCCAUAUGGUAGCAUCAUUCAGCAAGGGAUACACAAGCAUCUUUAACAUGGAAACACAGCAACGCAUUCUCACUUUAGAAUCCAACCUAGAUUCAACAGCCAACUCUUCCUGCCAAAUAAAUAGAGUCAUCAGUCACCCCACUCUUCCCAUCAGCAUCACUGCUCAUGAAGACAGGCACAUCAAAUUCUAUGAUAACAAUACAGGCAAACUGAUCCACUCGAUGGUAGCCCACCUAGAAGCUGUUACAAGUUUAGCAGUUGAUCCAAAUGGCCUGUACUUAAUGUCUGGCAGUCAUGACUGUUCAAUACGUUUAUGGAACCUAGAAAGUAAGACGUGUAUCCAAGAGUUCACGGCUCAUCGGAAAAAGUUUGAAGAAUCAAUUCAUGAUGUAGCUUUCCACCCAUCCAAAUGCUAUAUAGCCAGUGCUGGGGCGGAUGCACUGGCUAAAGUCUUUGUAUGACACAAUGCAUCAUCUUCACCUUCUAGCUGUUUAUAAGUAAUCAACUGCACAAAAGAGAUACAGAAGACCAGGGCAAGAGUCAACCCAUCCAGCCCUUAUGUUCUGCUGAAGGAGCACAGAGAACAUUUGUUAAAGUAUAGUUUUGCAAUUCGUACACUGUUUUCUAAAACUAAGGUUUGUUCAGGUUGCUGCAAGCUCAGCUGAAUCUGUGAGCCUGAAAACUUUAAAAAUUUUCCCAAAACAGGAGCUUUUAUUUCUGAGGUUGUUCUAAUUCGCUAGGCAGGCCUUAGCGAAGAACAAACAUAGGUUUAGCUUGUCCCUAUUGAGUUAAUAGGGCAUAUUAUAAGGGAUAAUUGAAAAGCUUGAUUCCUGGGAAUGAGUAGAGGAAGAAUGGCAAUUUAAACCUAGUUCUCCCCUGAGAAAUCUUGUUAAACAUGUUAGAUAGUUAAAACAGUAAUCUUUAUCACAUCUACUGUACUAACCCCUAUGUGCAUAAUGACCAGACAGUGUUAAAAUGAGUUUUUAAUUUAGCUCUCCUUUCAACUGUUCUCAUAAAGCACCUGGCAAAACAUUUUACUUAUUAGAGGGAAAAAAAUGCAAUAAUAUGUUAAAUAUAUUAUUAUUCAGAAAUGCUAAACAAAUAUUUAGUUUGUAAGCAGAUUUCUAUAUUGUAUUAACAUUUUUGAAAAUAGAUUUGGUACCAUUCUAAAGUUUAGCUGUCAAAAAUACUCACCAUUAUGAAGAAUAGUUGAUAUGAGUCUGCUUUUACUAAAGAAUUUAACUUAUUCAGGUUUAAGAUUCUGUUUAUUUUUAAUGGCAAGCAGGACGUAUCUUUAUAAUGAUUUCUGUUAAUUUUAAAUUUCACUUUAUUCAUGUGAUAUUUAUAGUAUCAGAGUGAUUAUUUCAUAUUGAUGAAAUCAUACCUUUUAGUGAUUGAAAACCUGGAAGUUACUUGCAACUACUCACCAGAACCCACAUAACCAUGCUUCACAUGAUUUCUUUCUUCUUUGUCUCUGAUAUUAAAAUUAUCUGACACCUACCAAAAAUAGUUCAUAAUUAUUAUGUUUUAAUAGUCCAAGGGUAUGGUUACCCUCAGGCAGCUGCCUUUGCAGAAUUACUAAAUAAAGCAAAUGUUUGUGCCCCAGAAGUUCCGUUAUUAAUAUCUCCAAGAAGUAAAACCUCUUGGAAAUCUGGAUGGAAUAGUUUGGUGUAUAAUAUUGGCUAGAGGGUUCUCUCUCUCUUUCCCUUGCCUUACCCCACCUCCAAUGUUUCAUUGGAAUACAUAGCAUGUUUUAAUGGGCAGUGAGUCAAUAUUGUUUCUGGGGAAAACCAUGUCUUGAAGGCCCAGGGUUCUCUGAGCUCACCUUACCAAUGACUCACAUACGGUCAGCUCUUGGGAUUUACAUGACCCCACUGUCUGGACAUGGUAUGUAGACCUUAUCCCUGCAGCUGUCUCCCCUCUUCCUCAUGCACUUUCUUAUUUGCCCAAUAUGGCAGAGACCAAUCUGGAAGUCAGAAAUGUUACUAAUUCCCAAAUUUUCAGCAAAAUGUACUUUUAAUACGCUCUCAGAUGUAAUUUCUACAUUCCUAUGCCCACAUAUUCCAUUAUCAUAGCAAUGGCACUUCUUAUACCUACAUCUACUCCCUGAAGAAGUAUUAACAUGAUAGUGUGGAUAUUAAUUGACAAUUUUUCUUUAAAAUUUCUGCUUAUCUGCCUUGAGAAUUCAGCUGUAUACAGGCAGGUUUUCUUUAAGGACCUCUGUUAAAUUUUCCUGGUUGAUACACAGAUACACUUUAUUUUGACACAGCUACCUUGUCAUUUCAUAUGUGCUUAACAGUGGGCUCAAGGGACUGCUUUGUAUAUUCAAGUGAAUUGACCUGGACAUGAGCUACCAGGUAAAUGUUUAUAUUCCUGUGCGGGUAUAGAAUUCCAUGUUGUGUUUAGUGAUUCCUUUUUGGCUUCUUCACAAAGUAAAUAAAUGAUAUCACUGACCUAACAUUUGUAGAAGGGUACUGGAAAAUUUCAGUCAGGUGCUCUUAAUCGGCUUGUUUGUGAUGGAUGAUUACAAGCUAUUGUUCUACCAAUUAUUGCUUUAAUUACCUUCCAGGGUGUUCAGUGCCUGCUUUACUUCUGUCAACUGGAAUUCUCAAAACUAAGACACUCUCUUCACCUGCAUUUCAGGUCUCAUGGUUGAAAUUUUUCUAUUAGUAAGUGGAAAACAGCCAUGAGAUAUGUAGACUGUAGCGCAAAUGAUGGAACUGUUGAAAGUUCCUUAGAAAGCCAGUGCUGUGUGUACUCUUGGAGGUGGUACCCAGAAACAGGGAUUUCUUCUCCACUAGCACUGUUAGGAUCUCAGCCUAGAAAUGAGCCAAAGCUGUCUUCCAGCCAGAUAGAAGCAUCUAUAUGUGUGUGUGUUUGUCUGACUUUUCCCUCAGCCUAUCAAAACUUCAGUGAAAAUUGACAAAAUGAACAAAUCCCAGAUUUGAACAAUGAUUGAAAUGCUUUCAUAGUGCUUUAUUUGUAAAUAUUUUGGAUGAAAUGUAUUGGAAGAGUAUGAAAAUCAGCCGAUGAUGUGGGUCCCUGCCUUAUUUUCAUAUGCUGUGGGUACAUCCCUGGGAGCUUGCAGCACCCUUCUCGAAACUCAUCUGUCAUAUGGAGCUCAUUUGCUACUCAAACCAUAGACAGAUAUUUAACAUAAGUGAUAUAAUGACCUUCAGUAUUUUUCUAUUGAACACGUUUAGCAAUUUUUGCCAUUAAACAGAAUAAUUAGUUAUGCAAAGUAUUUAGCUUUUAUAAUCAUUUUAGUUAUGACUAAAAGAGGGGAAAUUGAGCUGUAUCACUGAUAAUGAACUUUGUGAGAAAUUUUUUGUUUAUCUGAGUUUCAUUCCUUCAGUGUUCUUGCUAUAAGUUUCUUUUGGAGAUAAUGAUGAAGAUUUAUUUGAAAAUGUCUAAAAUGUAUGUAUAUUUUAUAAAUAUAUAUUAUAUAUAUUGUGGGGAUAUAUAUAAUAUAUAUAUAGACUAUAUAUAUUAUAUAUAUAUAUAUAUAAAACCAUAGGUGCAUUUUACUGUUUUGUAUUUUCAUUUUUGGAGGUAGUGUCCACAGCAGGUAAUGACGAGUAUGAUGAGUGUUGUGCUAUUUGCUUUUGCAGUAUAAUAUAUAGUUCUAAAUGUUUAAAUUACUGUAUAUAUGAUAUUCAUUAUAGGCUAGCAUGCUUGUUUUAAAGACUGUCAUUCUAGUUUAUUAAAAUCUAAAUGUAAGAAAACCUGGCUAUUCAAAUGUGAAUUGAAAAAUGUUCCAUUCUCAGUACUGAACUAUUUCCAUUGAGCAUUCAGGAUUUUUGACAAAACCGAUACCAUCAAGAAGGCAAUAGCUAGAGAAAGAGAGGUGCCUUUAAAAAAAAAAAAUACAAAUUCAGCCUUACAGUGAGGAUGAGGAUUGAGUUGUUUUGUGGGGAAGAGGUGUGAGAGUGUGUGUGUGUGUGUGUGUGUGUGUGUGUGUGAUAUGUUGUUAGAGUGCCCAUCUAUGAAGGUCCUGAUUUGUGACCAUCAGUGUCUUUUUAAUGUGUCUGUAAAACUUUUAGGACUUCAGGGGACAUUUCAUGCGCUGUCUUCUUGCUCUUCUGAGCACCAUAAGUACUUUCCAAGAAUUAUGAAUGUGAAUUCCUAGAAAUUUCAGUAGAGAAUAAAAUAAUUAUUAUUUCAUUAUAAAUCAAGUUCAGGUAAAAGGAGAAAUUACUGAUUCAUCAAAAUUACAGGAUCUCAUUAAUGUUAGCUAAGUAAAUGUAAUUUUUAAAGGCUCAUUUUUUUUUUAGUAGUUCAUGUAUUUCCCCUUUACACAAGAGCAUGUCAUGAAAUUCUUAUAUGAUGACUAUUUAGCUAGUAAAAAUUGUUUUUAAAUUAAACACCUGAACUAGUUAAAAUUCCACCUAAGAAUAGUAUUUAAAUGGCAUCUUUCAUAUCUACCUCUUUGUCAUUGCUGCCAUUUUUGACUCAAGUAAAUCUUCAUGACAUCGAAAAUAAUGGUUGGAUGCAAUUUAAAAAAUCUGUGUUGGUGCUUUUCUCAGGCUAUGUCAUUUAAGUUAUAUUGAACAAAGAUGUCACAAAUCAGAUUGAAAGGCUUUGAAUUAAUUUUGAUUUUCUUUUGAAAGAACUGCUUAAAAUUUGUCAUCCAUGUUGAUAGUGAGCUGGAGAUAAUCUCUGGUUAGUAUAUGUCUAUGUGAUGUUUUCAACCAAGAGCCAAGUUGUUACUGAUUUACAUGAGAAAAGAGCUCCAAGUAUAAUUUUCUUCAGCUUACUUUUUUCUUUGAAAGCUGUUUCAAGGCUAUUCAGUACAUAAUCAUUCAUUUUAUUUACACAGAAGUUGUCUCUCUUACUGUGUUAUUUGUUUAGUUAUUUCUAUAAUUGCAGUAUUUUGUUUAACACUGGGAUUCAGGUUACAAAAGCAGUAGCUGACAGAAAUUAUAUGUAUAUUUUUAUGAAAUGUAUCAAUUCCUUAAAUUCAUUUUAGAGGAAGGUCCAGAAAACUAACAUAUCUGUGUUUAAAAACAAGGGUCAGGUCCUUUGUAGAUGAUUUGAAUCAUUUGACUUUUGCUCCUGAAAGUUUUUUAAUUGGCCGUAUAUCCAUCAGCCAGCUGGAUCUCAGUGUCAUUACUAGGGACACCAGCUUCACAAAGUCUGUUCACAAACAGACUGCAUUGUUUUUUUAAUCCAAAAAAAAAGCAAAUAUAAAGCCAAACACAGAUCUCUAGAUCCCACUUACUUAUUCUAGCAGUAUUCCUGAAGUGGUGCUUAAGGGUCAGAAUUUUCUGGAUCUUAGCUAGUCAAGCUUUAGAUUUGAUUUAACUGGGACCACAUGCCUGUCAUCCCUCUGAUGCAAAUUAGAAAGUUCAUUUUAUUUCAGGUUAACUCUAAUGUCUGCCUGGGUUUUUAGCAGGCUGUGAACCAGUGAGUGCCUUGUUAAUGUAGAAUGAUUUUUCCCUGGUUGGUCUUAGCUCCUCUCUGAAAAUUUCCCAGAGGAUGAUAUUUUAGCUGGCUUGUAGAGAGCUGCUAGAUUUGGUAUUAUCAGCACUCAGAAAGCCUUCAGUCUACGGCGUUCCACCCUCCCCACUUUGUUCUCAUUGUUUGGCUGAAAUUUACCUCCUGUGAGAAACAAGUGCAACCCCCUUCUCCUGGUAACUUUUUUCCAAUCCAGAUUAAGAGAUAUCCCUUAUACCUAUCCCAACUCUAUAAUCUAACACCUGUUUUUUGUUUUUAGGAAGAACCACUUCUUUGUAAUCCUGUAAUCCACUGCUUGUUUUAUGUUUCUCAAGUUCAGUUUACUAGAGCUGACCUCAGGGCAUCAGUUCAGAUUCCUAAACAGCUCCUUUUCUCCACACCCUUCUCCCUUCUAACUGGUGAGCCCUGAGCCAGAUUGUUUGAUCUUCAGGUAUUUUAAAAUUUAAGUAUAAUAUCAAUUAAUGUAAAUUAAUCCAAAUGCUAAAUUUUGUGGUGCAAGAAGUUUCUCUUGUAAAUUCAGGAUAUGGAUAAGCUAAUUAAGAUAUCCUUUUUUGGUGGCUCUAAGUGUAUUAUUUGUUUUUAAAUAAAGUGUACAAAUAUA